AUGGAGGUUGGUGGUUCCAGUAACGCUUCAUGUUUGAUAGCUUUUGGGGACAACGUUAAUGCGUUGUGUCCUACGAUGAUGAUGUCUUCCAUGACUUCUCAUAAUGCAGACAACAAUGCCCUAUAUCUCCCUCUUCUUCCCACCCCCAACAAUCAAAACCUAAAUCUUCACAAAAGCCCUGGUAAUUCUUCUGUCAUGGUUGAAGAACAAAAUAACAGUAGCAAUAAUAACAAUAUUACAAGCACAGGGUAUUAUUUUAUGGGGCCGGGCUGUAGCAAUCACAGAAACAACAACGAUGGAGAAUGGUCUUUUAAGGCAAAGAUCGUGGCUCAUCCUCACUACCAUCGUCUCUUGACUGCCUAUGUUAAUUGUCAGAAGAUAGGAGCUCCUCCUGAAGUGGUGGCAAGACUUGAAGAAGCAUGUUCAUCUGCUGCUGCAAUGGGCCGCAAUAGCACAAGCUAUAUCGGUGAAGAUCCAGCACUUGACCAAUUCAUGGAGGCCUACUGUGAAAUGUUGACAAAGUAUGAGCAAGAACUUUCUAAACCCUUCAAUGAGGCCAUGCUUUUUCUAUCAAGAAUCGAGUCCCAGUUUAAAGCUCUCACACUAACCUCUGAUUCUGCAGCUUGUCCCGUGGCAAUGGGUGGAAAUGGAUCAUCUGAAGAGGAGGUCGAUGUGAAAAAUAGUUCCAUAGACCCUCUGGCAGAAGAUCGGGAACUAAAAUGUCAGCUCUUGCGAAAAUACAGUGGAUACCUGGGCAGCCUCAAACAGGAGUUUAUGAAGAAAAGGAAGAAAGGUAAGCUGCCCAAAGAAGCCAGACAACAAUUGCUAGAGUGGUGGAGCAGGCAUUACAAAUGGCCAUAUCCUUCGGAAUCGCAGAAGUUGGCACUUGCUGAAUCAACAGGACUGGAUCAGAAGCAAAUAAAUAAUUGGUUCAUCAACCAAAGGAAGAGGCAUUGGAAACCUUCUGAAGACAUGCAGUUUGUUGUAAUGGAUGCUGCUACUGCUACAGCAGCAGCUGCUGCACAUUCCCAUUAUUACAUGGACAAUGAAUCGCAGAAGUUGGCACUUGCUGAAUCGACAGGACUGGAUCAGAAGCAAAUAAAUAAUUGGUUCAUCAACCAAAGGAAGAGGCAUUGGAAACCUUCUGAAGACAUGCAGUUUGUUGUAAUGGAUGCUGCUACUGCUACUGCAGCUGCUGCUGCACAUUCCCAUUAUUACAUGGACAAUGUUUUGGGAAAUCCAUUUUCAAUGGAUAUUUCAUCAUCCCUUCUCUAA